AUGAAAGUGAGAGUUAAAUUAUCUCCGAAAAGAGAGAGUUUAAAUGUCCGUAUAUCCACUAUCAUAUUAAACCAAAUAGAACCUAAAACAACAAGCAUCAAUGAGAUAAUAUUAAAUAAAAUGAAGUAUUUAUUAAAUCACAUAUAUUUAAUAAAUAUUGAAGAUGUAAAGGAACAAGAGAAAAGACGACAGCUAAUUAGGCUAUAUAUAAAAGAGACAAAUGAGAUAAUUAAAAUAGUAACAAUGGUACUAGCCAUAAAACAUAGUCAUAAGAUAAAUAGUCUAGAGAGAAAGAUACUUAGACUACAGAAGUAUAAUAUGGAACAGGAAGAAUUAGCAGAUAAAUUAGUCUAUUUAUGUAAUGAUUUGAAGAUGGGAGUAUCUUCAUCCUUUGAUGUAAGCAAGGCAUUUAGUGUUCUUUUAACUGGAAAAAGUGAUUUUUCAACGGAAAUUAUCAGGAUGGCAGAGACACUCAGUAAAGAGAAUGAAGUGAACCCUGGUGAGAAUGCACUUGGGACUGUAAAGGAUGAAGAUAUUGAGAAUUAUAGGAGAUUAGACCAGAUACUUAUUCUAAAUGUUAAAAGGUCUGGUAUAUGGAACAAUGAGAAUGUCUCAUAUACGGUUAAGAAUGGUGUACUAGAACUAUUUUCAUACGGAUUCAAAAGUAAACUUAUUCUGAUGAUGGUAAAUAACCUGUAUACUUGGCAAGUACUAAGCAUAAAGCACUUGGAUGAUACAAAAAAUAUUCCUAUAAAAGGUAUAGUAUUCAAUAAUACGAUUAAAGAGAUAGUGCAUAUGACAAAAUACACUGAUUCCGUUAUAAAAAUAGAAGAAAUAUUCAAGAUAUUAAGGAAUAGGGCAGAUAGUAAAAUAUUUGACAUGGAAAUAACCGGAACCACAAAGAGUUUUACUGCCACAAUCCUAGGGAUCUUCAAAAUAUCCUUUACUGUGGGGAGUAGUUGGGAUGGACCUGGGAUUAUUUGCCAUGCUAUAUACAAAGGUACAAGAAAACUCGUUAGAGAUGAUUUCAUAGAAAGAAGCUUUUCCGUUUUAAAUGAAAACCUGAAAAGUACAAUCUCAGAACAUGCUAGGAUUAGCUUUGAAAAAGGCCUUUUCUACAAAGAUAAGCCUAUAUUCACACUAAGAGAUCUUCAGAAGGAAGCCCAACAGGAGACAGGAAUAUACAGAAUUAACAUCCCAGGUGUCAUCAUAAAAGAAAAGACUAAUAUUAUAUACGCAGGAAGGGCACUCCAACUGAAUAUAUACAUGAGAAUGAAUGGGAAUGUAUUUGUUGGUCUGCAUUGGUCAGCUGACAAGAAGAUGGCCAGAAUAUUCUAUGGUUUGCACCAGUCAGGUACCCUGCAGACAGGAAUAGAAUUACCCAUACGGUACAUAAAUCCAGUAGGCAGCAAUAUACAAAUAGAGAAAACAGCAGAAAAAAAUCAAAAUGAACAAAAAAAUAAUAACCUGAAAAAUAACGGAAAUUACCAUAUAGAGAGCAUACCUGAAGAUAUCCCAGGUUCAUUUAUUUUGGAGACACCCAGUAGUUCAAGUAACCUUAUUAAUAGAAUCCUACAGACCCCACAGCACAUUCUUCUUGCUGUCUCUGCCUUCUACACAGCACAGAAGAAUAAAUUCACAGCACCAUUCCGUCUGGUAAUUAAAGAGACAGGAAUAUUUUUGAUUUUUGCAGAAAUAACUGUAUAUUUAGGGGCAGUAGAAGGGAACAAUAUUAAUAUGAAGAUUAUCUCACCAAGGGUAAAUAUCCAAGACCCUUUAUCUUUAGAUAUUUUCCUGCAGAUUAUUUGGCUGGCUAUUGUAGCACAGGUGCCAGGUAGAAUAUCUGUACAUGGGAAACUACAUGAAGAUGGUAGUCUUACACUGCAUGAUAAUAUAUCCCUUACAGUGACAUAUUCAAAUAGAAGUUUAGUCGCAUCAUCAAGUAAUUCUAUUGCAUGUACAUGGGCAGAUUCAGUCCUUAGAGAGCACAGUAGGGCAGCCUGCAUCUCCUUCUUUGCAAAUCACAAGAUCCUUCUAUUCCCAGGCCUAAUUACCACACUACCACUCCAUGGUACCCUAGGGGGUUCUCUUCAAAAAACCUGUAAGACAUCAAUCUUGUACAAAGUAGGUCAGAAGAUAGAAGUAUUCUGGGAAGAAAGAUCAUCAGAGAUUGAAGAGUCAAUGAAAGAUAUCCCAAAGAUAUCACAGUCAGAAAAAACUGCAGUAUUUCAGUUAGAGUACCUGGAUAAAGUAUUAACUGCAAUUUCAAAAUUACUGUCAAUUGAAAGACUUCAGGUACUAGGUUCAUCUGUACGUAUACAGACAGAAUCACAGGAAUAUGCAGUAUAUAAGAUGGAAUUAGUAGGACAUAAAUUGAAAGCACAAAGGAUAGAAGGAAAUAUAUUUGUAUCAGAAGCAAUUAUCACAGACAUAUUAGAGAAUAGUCCAUGCCCUGAUAGAACCCUUCUAGAACAUAAUUUAUACCUUACACCACAGAAAUAA